AUGGGCAUGCGCGACUGGUUUGGCCUCGGGGACGAGAGCAAGCUCGCUCAAGCAGCCGGCGCCGGCGACCUCUCGCUCGUGACGUCGCUCCUUGGGGCGGGUGUGAACGCGAAUGGCAUUUGCCUGGGCGUACCAGCGCUGUACAAGGCGGUCGUCGCCAAUCACGCAGCCAUCGCACGGCUCCUC